AUGAUUAAGCUCGUGGUACUGUUAUUGGUGGCCAUUGCGGCUGCUUCCGCUCUAACAGUAGACGGCGACAUCACUACAACGUUGACUCCACCGCCCUCAUCAAUUAUGCCGGACCUCGACACCGAUACCGAUUCACUCGACAGCGACGACGAUGAAUUUGACGACGAUGACGAUGAAGAAGAUGAUGAUGAAUAUCCGGAAGAAAACGUAGAUGAAGACGAUUUAUCUGAAACGCUGGCUUGGGGUUUGAUGGACAUGAGUGUGUCAGCCAACAUCAGCACCUUGCAGUCCACUUACACUAACUGGGUUGGCUCAGCACACGGUGCUGGAGUGGACACGGCGUGCUACCGGGAAACUCACAUUGCAAAAGUGUGUCCUCUCGGUUUUGAGUACAAGCUCGGUACAUGCUGGGCCGAGUGUCCUCUGGAAUACCCCGUCGAGUGUGGAAUGCAGUGUAUCCGACAGAAUGAUGACUGUACGCUUGAAAUGCUGUCCAAGUUCUCAUCAGUAGCUCAGGCGGCGCUUUCGGUCGCUACUUUUGGAGCGUAUGGUACAUUCUCAAAGAUGGCGAAAGGAGUCCAGAUAGCGUUCCGUUGCGGCAAGGAAAUUGCCAAUUUGGUAAAGGCACUGACAAAGUAUGUGCGAACAGUUCAGGUAAAGGACCCGCAGACCACGACUGAGGAGCUCACAACGAUGCUCUACCAGACCGACAACGUAGUCUUCGACUUGCCGAUCACUAUCAUGUCAUGCCUCGGGAUUAAAGUGUCGGCUGAACUGAAGUUUACGGAUCGAGUUACGAAUACGGUGGAGCUGUUCGUGAAGGAGGUUGUGACCCACCAAGGAUCCAUCACGUCCGGUUGGGAAACGUUUAAAAGCUUCAUGAGGAAUAUUUCACUGGAUGACGCACUCGACAGUCUCGACGAUACAGACAUUACAUCACUGCAGUCAGCUUUGGCGUCGAAUUCAACCUGUGGUGACGACAUGAAGCACCUUACAGAUCGAGUAUGGAUGACUGUGGCAUAUCUACGCAAAGAGAAUCCAAGUAUCACUGAAGACGAGAUCCGAGUGAUCCUCAGCAAGUCAAACCUCAUGCACCACGAGAUCCCUCUCGCCACCAACAACUGUAUGAAGCAAUUCAUUGAGGAAUCCGACGAGACCAUUGCGUACUCGACACGUGACACUUUACGCAAAACUUUUGGGGGUAUUGUAGACGACCUUAUUCGCUCCGGAACGAGCGAUAAUGGCACGUAUCUCACUGCUGAAGAGUACGCGUAUACCAUUAGCGACAAAGUAUUGAUACUGGCUGCAGUUUGGGACCCAUCCAACGUCGCUACUGCAGUUUCCGAGUUUUUCCAAAGUAUCUGCGGUCCUACGGAAUUUAUUGGUGAGGUUGACGAUGGCUCUGCAUCCGAUGCGUUAGGCCUUCGAACGGUGGGUAAAGCCUUUAACAACAGUGCUGGAACGUGGACCAAAAAGGGCGAUGGCGCAGUCACCGUCGUAUUUCACAGCGAAGAUACUGAAGAUGUGACUGUGAACGUCAUGUCAGGCGGGAAUCAGAUCGACCAGGUUAAAGUGAAAGCUGGUACCAAUGUGUCGUGGGCCUCCAAUAUUACGGUGCUAGGUGGUAAGACACUGUACUUGGAUCGCUGGCGCGAUGGGUUUCUGGGAAUUCCAGGCACUGGAGGUGGAUCUCUGCUGCUUUGGGUCCCUCGAUCGGAUCAAGGCGGAAAGCUGGAGCUCACUUCAAAGCUCAACGUUAGCUAGCUAAUAGUUAGUUUGUGUUCUAGAGUCAAUGUGAUAAAGCAUAGGAGAGGACGGUACUGCUAGACAAAAUGUAAUAUGAAAUGCCGUGAUGGCCAAAAAUGUUGAUGA